AUGCAUGGACCCGAUCUCUCGCGCAAAGAGAUGAAGGAGCAGGCCGAUCGAAUCGGAAAGACCCUCGUCAGAUGGGCCAGUGAAGCCUCCAAUGGCCCCUUCGAGCCCGAACUCAACAUUCGCAGCCCAUGCGAGAAUUAUCUGCUGACUCCGAUGGGGCUGCUUCGCGACGCUCUCCUUCCGUUCCGGAAGUUCGACGAGGUACUGAUUCCCAUCGACAACCAGGCUGCUCGGGGCAUUCGUCAUCUGGAGCCCAGUCGCGCGCAAUUCCUGACGACCCUCGUCACCCAGAGCGUGACUCAGGUGUCAGUGCUGGCAUAUGCUAAAGCACUUCUGGCGCCAGAUCUGCCCCGGACCGACACCGGCGGUUAUAGUUUCCAGUACGAGCAUGGCUCCAUCUUGCCGGCCGUCCUGAGCGGCGAAGGGACCCCUUUCCACUUGUUGGAGUACGUCCCCGCCAAGUUCGAUCCAUCCCAGAAGAACAUCCUGUUCGACUACGAAUUCUCAGACUACUAUACUACCCCGCGUCCUGAGAUUCCCGCUGGCUCCGAGGUGCAAGUCGAAGAUCUGCGGAAGUUUCCCUCGGAGUCCGCAUAUCCUGUGGUUCAGAAUGCCAGUCUGGGCCUGGUGCCAUCAACCGAGUCCAUUGCAGAGACCGCAGCGAAACCCCGUAUCCAUCGCGUCGGAGGAGUUGUGACUAUCGGUAUUUUGAGUGUAGUUAUCCCAGUCCAUGAUGCUAGGAAUGAACGAUGA